GCAGCAGACAUGAAAUCCUCCAACGAGCUGGACGGACAGUUUGAAGAGUUUCUCCACUGACUGAACUCUGUCUGCUGCAGACUGACGCUCACACACUGAACCUCACACACUGACGCUCACACACUGAACCUCACACACUGACGCUCACACACUGAACCUCACACACUGAACCUCACACACUGUUCAUGCUCUGAAGGUGGAGAGCAGCAAAUUUGUGGAGGAUUUCCCCGACAGGUGCAAAAUCUAAAUGAAGAAAAUUUAUGUUGGACAGAUUUUUUACUGAAGAUCAACGGCGCUGAAGUGAACCACAGCUGCAGAAUGACAGCCGCCACAAAGCUUCUGGAUGAGAUGUGCCACCUGACGGCUCAGUCUCUGACGCCGAUGGACACGUCGGAGCACUUCAAGGUCCUGAAGCUCCUCGGCGAAGGCUCGUACGGCAAAGUCAUGCUGGCUGUUCACAGGACAAGAGGGACUCCGAUGGCUCUGAAGUUCUUCCCUCGUGCGUCCACAUCUCUCCUCUCGUUCCUGAGAGAGUAUAACCUCUCUCUGUCGUUCUGCACCCACCCGUCCCUGACCCGAGCCCUGGGAAUCGCCUACUCCACCCCUUCACACUACAUCUUCGCUCAGCAAGCAAGCCUCUAUGGCGAUCUCUUCGAUGUCAUCUUGCCUGAGGUCGGUAUGGAGGAGGACUGUGUUCAGCGGGUGGUGUCCCAGCUGUGUGGCGCUCUGACCCACCUGCACUCUCUUGGUUUUGUCCACCGAGACCUCAAACCGGAGAACGUCUUCCUGUGCGACUCCGCCUGCCACUGGGUCAAACUAGGAGACUUUGGCAUGGUGAAGGCCAGGGGCACCAGGGUCCCAGAGGUCUGGUACAGCUCUCCUUACUGCACCCCUGAGGCCGAGAUCGCUCGCGGAAACGAGGACAGCUGGAAGAGCAUGAGUGACGGGGAUGAUAGCGUCGAAGAGGCAGAAGAGAGGAAAAAGAGGCCCAGAGUUUGGGUUUCUGUGGAGCCCAGCACAGACAGCUGGGCGCUGGGCAUCCUGACCUACGCCAUGCUCACUGGCAGCCAUCCCUGGGCUGAAACGGCCAGCGACUGCCGCGCCUACCUAAAGUACGUGGAAUGGUUUGAGACAUCAGGGGGACCGGAUGAUGAACUGGACGUGUGGGCAGAGCCGCAGGGCGAGGUCAUCGAUUUGAUUGGGGCUGAACUUGGAAAGAAAGACCGCCCUCCCGUAGCGCCCCAGUUUGCGUGUUUAACCCCGCUGGCCCGCUCCUUCUUCCAGACGUUCCUCGACCCGAGGCCUCGCGUCCGUGGACGACCGGAGGUUGCGUUGAAUUACCUCGGAGGAGACUGGGUGAUGGAGAAGGAGAGGGUGAGGCUGGAGGAGGAGAGGAAGAAGAGCAGAGGGAAAGGAGCAAUCGGCAACGUGAAAGAGAUGGAGGGGAGAGGAGAGAGAUAAGAGACUGGGAAAUAUGAAGUAACUAACAAUAGACUUUCAUAUUUAUAACAGUUUUUUAUUCACUAAUGCUGGUUUUA